AUGUCAGGGCGUCGGCUUCUUGAUGCCAUAGCCAUAUUCAAUGCUACGCGGAACGUUGCCGCAAAGCACAUUGCUUUGCAAAGACAGCAUCUCGACGUCCACGCACGAACUUCUUCAUUGACCAAGGGAGCGAAGUUGCAAGCGGAUCGACUAGGACUUGCACUCAAGGCAGCGGCAGAUUUAGCACGGAAACUCGAUGACAUCCCAACGCACAACACCGUCGCGAGAGAGAAUGCCGGGGCGGCACCUCCCGCAACCGACAAGAACGGAGGAGGAAACGCUACUGAAGGCCCAAGGUUUGGACAGGCUGUGAAAGAUGUAGCAUCAGGCGAAAAUUGGGCGGAGGCAGAAAUAGCUUCAAUCAAGCCAGCUGAGCGGAAACAAUGGGAAGACAAAGGGAAUACUUCUCCUUUGGCGAAAGAUAUCAACGAAGAGAAGCCUCGGGACCCGCUAGAACAGUCCGUUAACGCGGACAGCGCUACAUCUAGCCAAUCGCCAGAAAAUCCAGAUGGCGAGAAGAUUGGUAGUCAAAAUGAACUUCCCAACGACAUGAUGAAGCAGCUCUUCCGGAGCCGGAAAAUGUCGAGCUCCUUAUUUGCGGGUCGACACGGCGCAAAUCUAGGUUCGAUGGAUGAAAGGGCAAAGUCAAGAACCUCAUCGCCAGAGGCUGGCGGGAUGCAACCCGUAAACAGCUCACCGUCUGCCGAUGCUGCUUUGACCGAUUCGGAGCCCAGACCGGCUUCUCCGGGCUCGGCUUCGGCAGCCACCCAAAAUUGGAAUCAAGCAGAUAACGCAGGAAUUUUCGAACAAAUUCCCACUACAGAAGCAACCGAAACGCCCUUGAAACAAGGGCAUGGAAUGAUAGAAUCCCGCGUUCCUUCUUCCCGUCUUGGAAGAAUAUGGGAAUACAGCGGGCUUGCAACGUCCAUGGCGUUUGGAGUCAUGGGCGAAGGUAUCCGCCGAGUAACCGGUAACGAGGACGCAGGUACCGGCUCACUAUUGCUGAGCCCUGCUAAUAUCGAACGCCUUGUGGCUAAAUUAUCCAGAAUGCGAGGCGCUGCUCUUAAACUUGGGCAAAUGCUGAGUUUCCAAGAUUCAAAGAUGCUUCCUCCAACAAUUCAAGAAGUGUUGCAACGCGUUCAGGAUAGAGCAAAUUAUAUGCCUGCUUCACAACGCAACAAGGUUCUAAAGGACAAUCUGGGGCCCGAAUGGAGAAACCUAUUUGACACCUUUGACGAAAUCCCAAUGGCUGCCGCGUCAAUCGGUCAAGUUCACGCUGCGACGCUGAAGGAGACGGGUCAACGAGUGGCAGUCAAAGUACAGUAUCCCGGCGUGGCCGACUCUAUUGACUCCGAUUUAAAUAAUCUAUCUAUCCUGCUUACGGCAUCGCGCCUCCUACCAAAAGGAUUGUAUCUUGACAAGACCAUUGCAAACGCCCGUACUGAACUUGCUUGGGAAUGUGAUUACAUUCGCGAAGCCGAGUGUGCCCUAAAAUUCAAACAUCUCCUCCAAGACGAAACAGCCACAUUUCUGGUUCCCGACAUUAUUCCUUAUGCCUCUGGCAAACAGGUACUUACUAUGGAACGCAUGGACGGCAUAGCGGUAACGAAAAUCCAAAACUUCACGCAAGCCCAACGUGACUGGAUUGGAACCCAACUCCUUCGACUAUGUUUCCGCGAAAUCUGCGAGUUCAGGUACAUGCAAACCGAUCCCAACUGGACCAACUUCCUCUACAAUGCUGCAACCAACCGCCUCGAACUUCUCGACUUUGGCGCAUCGCGCGCUUACCCUACAUCCUUUAUCAAUACCUACGUCCGCAUCCUAGUUGCGGCAUGCCGCAACGAUCGCGAGGUACUGCACGACCUUUCCAUCAAACUGGGCUACCUUACGGGCUUCGAAUCGCAAGCCAUGGUAAACGCGCACGUCGAAUCCAUCCUCACGCUUGCUGAGCCGUUUGGGCAAAAUGCGCCCGAUGUUUACGAUUUUAGCGACCAGACGAUCACGGAACGAGUGAAGCAGUUGAUCCCGUUGAUGUUGAGGGAGAGGUUGGCGCCGCCGCCGGAGGAAACGUACUCGCUGCAUAGGAAAUUGAGCGGGGCAUUCUUGCUCUGUGCGCGGCUGGGGAGUCGAGUGCGAUGUAGAGAAUUGUUUGAGGAUGCGGUGAGUAAAGUGGAAUGGAGUGAGGGAGGUGGGGAAUCAAGGCAAAGCGCGGCGGCGAAUUGA